AUGGAUUUGAUAUACGACAUUCUCGAUGAACUGUCGGGGAAUAAUCCGCCAGCGAACCAGAGCGCCGACCGCCCACAACAAGCAACAGAAAACGCGACGGACGACCAAACCCAUAGAUCCACAAAUCCAUCGAAUUUCGACGAAGAGCUUCCGAUCCUCGACGCGACCGCGACCGCGAGCGAGUCGGACGACUCGCGCACCUGGGAAAGGCACACGAAGAGCAUCCAAGGCGAGUACUGCAAAGACUCAGACCCUAACCAGAACCGCAAAAUCUCCAAAGCUCUGGAAUCGCUGGGCCCGAAAGAAGGGUGGCUGAAUCUGGACGACCUCGAACUCUCGACCGAGCCGUCGAAUUUCCCGCCCCCUCCGCGCCCGGCCCCCACCGCCGCCAUACCUUCCACCUCGGGGCCCGAGCGCAAUAAUAAUAAGGGCAAGGAGAAAUUCGUCGAGAAGGUGACGGUCACGAGGCGAAUCAGUUACGAGCUCGUCGAGGAAGACGUUUACGACGCCGACGACGAGGAGGACGGGGGGGACGGAGGGAAGCUGCGCGACUUAAUCGACAUUUCGACCGUCGGCCCGGACGGGCGCGAGGAGACGUUCGCCGCCGAUAUGAGCCACAAGGCCGAGACGCAGAUGCGCAAGGUGGCAACGGCCAUCGAGCUUGACCUGGCGGCGCUGUUCGGAGACGAUGGUCCCGGCGCCGGGAAGGAAACGGGAACACCGGCGGUGGACCCCAAAGGCAAAGGCAAAGGCCUAGCCGGUGACGGUGCCGGAAGCGGGGCGACGGAAGAGGCCGACGGCGAUUUGAAACGGCGGCGGGAGAUGGAGGAGAUGGAGCGGGCGGCGGAGGAGGCGGAGGCGGAAUUCAAAAAGUGGGCGGCCGGCAAGGAGGGCAACCUGCGGGCGUUGCUGGCGUCGCUGCAGACGGUGCUGGGGCCCGGGUCCGGGUGGCAGCCGGUGGCGCUGCAGGACCUGCUGGACGGCGCGGCCGUGCGGCGGCAGUACCGCCGGGCAACGUUGCUCGUGCACCCCGACAAGCUGCAGCAGAAGCGCGCCUCGCCGCGCCAGAAGCUCCUGGCGCAGAAGGUGUUCGGCCUCCUCAAGGACGCCUCCAAGGCCUUCGACUCCCGCGAGCUCCUCUGA